AUGUCUGGCGGCGUGGGCCCGACGGCGGGGGGCAUCGCGCUGCCAUCGAUGGGGCAGCCGCCCCCGCCGCAACACCCGGAGCACACCUUGCCCACGGCGCGCCCGCACCACCACUACUACCUCUUCUCAUGCAAGCAUCUCAACACGCUGCGCGCCAAGGCCGUGCUGGCCUUCUCGACCACCGUGCCGCUCUCGGAGAUCGCCUUCGCCGUCCUGCUCCUCCCCUACCUUCUCCUGGCCACGCUCGCCUUCCCGCAGCGCCCUGGGAAGCCCAACCCGUCCUUGCCUGUCUUCCUCGGCCUCGCGCGCCUCCUCCUCGCCGCGCACACCGUGGGCAGGUUCCUCGUUGGUGCCGCGCUCUCGGCGCUCUACGUCCUCGACGGCCUCCGGUCCGGGGACACCACGGGGAUCGCCGCCGCAGCCCCGCACGUGUUCCUGCUCUCCGCGCAGGUCUUCAUCAAGGGGCUCACCGCCGCGGUCCCGUGGCGGUUCUCGCUCCCCGUCAGGGCCGCCGUACCGGUCAUGUACAGCGCGCGCAGGAUGUUCGUGGCAGGGGAGUGGCUCCGGCAGGAGAUGGAGGGGGUGACUGCGGCGAUGGCAAGGGAAGGGGGCGGAGCGGCCGGAGGCUGGGCGGGACGAGGAGUUCCCCUGCGGUGGCGGCGGCGUAGGAAACCUAGUGCGCAUCAGACGAUGAUUCUGGCAGCUGCUAUUGGCUGA